AUGUCACAACCUGCUAAUGAUACUCGUGUUCCUCUUAUUGAACCUGGGGAAGUGAGUGUCGAUAUCAAGAGAGAGAACGAAUUUGGUGCUUUAACUUCCAAGGAUUAUUUGUAUAAAGUUAAAAGUACUCAUGGUAAACAAUUGAAACCAUCGGUCUUCGAAGCUCCACCAUAUUAUAUUUCCUUAAUAACAUAUUUAAAUUAUUUGAUUUUAAUUAUUUUAGGUCACCUUCAUGAUUUCUUUUCUAUGACCUUCAUGAAGGAUAAAAACAUUGGGUUAUUAGAGCAUGACGGUUAUGCACCAUGGUAUUCUAAGUUUGAAAGUUUCUACACUAGAAGAAUGAAAAAGAGAAUCGAUGAUUGUUUCUCAAGACCAACAACUGGUGUUCCAGGUAGAUUUAUUCGUUGUAUUGAUAGAAUCUCUCAUGAUCUAAAUGAGUAUUUCACAUACCCUGGUACAACUACAAUGUGCCUAAAUUUAUCUUCUUACAAUUACUUGGGGUUCGCGCAAAGUGAAGGUCAAUGUACAGAUGCUGCAAUAGAAGCUGCUAAUACUUACGGUUCUAACUCCGGUGGCCCAAGAAAUUUGAUUGGUACUACUGACCUACAUAUUGAGGCUGAAAAAUGUAUUGCUGCUUUUGUUGGAAAAGAAGCUGCUAUGUUAAAUUCAAUGGGUUACAGCACAAAUGCUAAUUUUUUCAAUUCAUUUUUAGAUGCUAAAUGUUUAGUCAUCUCAGAUGAACUUAACCAUACCUCUAUUAGAACUGGUGUGAGAUUAUCUGGUGCUGCAGUUAGAACAUUCAAACAUAAUGACAUGGACUACUUAGAAAAAUUGAUCAGAGAACAAAUUGUUGCUGGUCAACCAAAGACCAGCAGACCAUGGAAGAAAAUUAUUAUCAUUGUCGAAGGUUUGUUCUCUAUGGAAGGUAGUACAUGUAACUUACCUGCUUUGGUAGCUUUGAAAAAGAAAUACAAAUGUUAUUUAUUCGUUGACGAAGCACAUUCUAUUGGUGCUAUGGGUCCAACUGGUCGUGGUGUUUGUGAUGUUUAUGGUGUUGAUCCAAAUGAUGUCGAUAUUUUAAUGGGCACAUUGACUAAAUCCUUUGGUGCAGCCGGUGGUUACAUUGCUUGUGACCAAUGGAUUAUUGAUAAAUUCAAAUUAGAUGUUUCCACGGUUGCCUACGGUGAAUCUAUCCCAAGUCCUGUUUUAGCUCAAAUCAUUUCUUCUCUGAAGACCAUUAUUGGUGAAAUUCAUCCAGGUGAAGGUGAAGAAAGAUUACAAAGAAUCGCUUUCAACUCUCGUUACUUAAGAUUAGGAUUGAGAAGAUUGGGUUUUAUUGUAUACGGUGCUCCCGACUCUCCUGUUAUUCCAAUGCUGUUGUAUUGUCCAUCCAAAAUGCCUGCUUUCUCCAGAAUGAUGUUACAAAGAAAGAUUGCUGUCGUUGUCGUCGCCUAUCCAGCUACACCAUUGAUUGAAUCAAGAGUCAGAUUCUGCAUGUCCGCAUCUAUCACCAAGGAUGAUAUUGAUUAUUUACUUCGUCAUGUUAAUGAAGUUGGUGACAAAUUAUACCUAAAAGUAAGUAACGGUAAAUCAAGUGUUCCUGAGGAUGGCAGACCACCAAGAUGGACAAUCGAAGAAGUGUUAGAAAAGACCCCAGAAGAUUGUAAACACGAUGAAUUCUUCAUUGAAGAACAAGGUCUAAUAAGUUAA